AGGUAGGCAUGUGAUAGUACUGUUAAUUUGACCACUCAUACAAUUUGUGUGUAGAUAUUCAGUUUUGUUUCAGGAAUUCGUUUUAAUUGAAUUAAUUUGGCAUUUUACCAGCUGGCCAGUGGCAUUUGACAUUGGCUUUGGACACAAUAUGUCAUUGACAGUCAAGUGUUACUUGGAGAAGAAGGAUGGAGAUACAGACAAUCAUAUCAAUGAAAUAAGACGAUUUAACAUUACUGAAGAUACAGUUGGCAGCUUCUUAUAUCUUAAUGGAAAAAUUGCAACGAUUUUUCCAUCUCUGAGGGACGGACACUUUUCUUUAUACUGGAAAGAUUCAGAUGGAGACCUGGUUUUGUUUUCGACUGAUGAAGAACUGUUGGAGGCGCUGGGAUUUAUAUCUGACUCUCUCUUGAAGAUCUACAUCAAAACAAAUGAAACUGCCAGUAGUACUAGCACAGUGCAACAAACACAAGAAGCCCAUGGCAAGGUACAUCAAGGUGUUAUAUGUGAUGGAUGUAAUGGUUUAGUGAAGGGAAUCCGGUACAAGUGUAUGGAAUGUGACGACUAUGACCUUUGUACUGUCUGUGAACAGAAGGGAACUCAUCCGGAGCAUAAUAUGAUGAAGAUAAACAAACCUAGCCGUGCUCCAUUUUAUGCAGUUCCACCACAUAGAGGUCAUGGAAUGCAUCGACAUGGUCGUUUUGCGAGCCCAGGAGGUCAUGGAGAGUUUGCCCCUCCACCCCAUUUUCGACGUUGGAUGAGACGGUUUAUGAGACGUUGGCAUAGUGAGAACACGCCAGGUUGUCCAAUGGAACAAGACUCCCCAGAUGACGAGCUCUCACCACCAGAGGGUUCUCCGUAUAUGUGUCCUGCUGUUUCUCCCAGGAAUGGAGCACGAGGGCGGGGACAGUGGCGAAAUAGGAGCAUGGGUUCACCCGGAAAAUGUUCACCCAGAAAAUUUUCACCGUCAAAAUGUUCACCCAGAUCUGAACAGGCUGCCAAGAAUGACUCUGCUAGUACAAAGAAAGAUGAAGUGGUUAUAGAUCUUACAGCUGGCAAUGACAAGGAAGCAGAAAGGUCAAAUGAAGGUCAGAAUGUUACAGCAGAAGAGAGUUCUACAGAAGAAAUAACAAGUGCUACAGAGAAGAUUGUGCUUGAUGACCCUUGUGAGCAGAUUGUGGUGGAUGACCCCAGUCAGGACGUUGUUCAAGCUGAUCCAAGCCAGGAACCAGCUGUUUGUGAGUUUGAGAAUGACAGACAACCACCAGAACCAGCCAGACUGGACAUUCAGCAUGAUAACAGAGACAGAAGGACUGAAGAGGGUGAUAACUCCUGGCUUCUGCUUAAUGUAGCCCCUAAUGGUGGCCCAGAACUAGCCCCAGCAAGUGAGCCACAUCCACCUAGUCCAGUACAGUCAGCCCCAGUGCAGGAACCUGCUGAACAAGGUGCUGGUCAAGCCGUCACUACAUCAGGCACACGGACUGGUUCUACCAAGGCACAAAGCGGCACAACUCGCACACAGACUGUGCAGUUUCAGAUACCUCCACAGAUCUUCUAUCCACCAUCUAAUCCGAGGGUGGCUGAAGCUCUUCAGCAGAUGAUGGCGAUGGGUUUCAACAAUGAUGGCGGUUGGUUAACAAGACUUCUCGAAGACAAGAAUGGAGACAUCAUUCAGGUACUAGAUGCUAUCAAGCCCCAGCCUGGACGUGCACGUGAAACAAACGGAGGAUAUAUGGCUUAAUGGAUGUCUGGCUGUAGCUGCUUGUUACAGGUGCAUACAUGAAGAACAGAAAGAUUUACCCCACACAGAAAAUAGUGAAUGCAGAAUUGAUUACUUUUGCUUUUUAGCUUGACAUUCAUAAGUACAGUGUUAUAGGGGUUGGUAAAUUUUUUAGUUAUAAUAAUCUGUUAUGGAUGCUAUUGGUUUUAUCACAUUGUUAUAUUUUAUAUUGCAUGCUUUUCUUGUAUUUAAUUUUGUAUUUGAGUUAAUAUUAACAAUCCUUAGGCUUAUUCUUUGUUUUGUUUUUGAUGUCUUUCUUCUGGUUCUUGCUAAGAUAUAUUAAGAUUAUACUUUCUCUUUAAGAAAGGGCAUUUAUUUUAUUUUUGCUAUUAUAUGGUGAUUAGAUUAUUUGUUAUAUUAUUUUGUAACUGUAAAAAUAUUUUGAUGCAGUCAUUUUAAGCAUUUCUGUAUUUUGGAAAAAUGUCAUUUUUUAAUCAGAUUUUUAACCAAUUAUUUGUAUUUUUUCUUUAACAACCUUAAAUUACUUUCUGCCUUAUUUAGCUCUGCUAGAAGGUAAUUUGAAUUUGAGCAGUGUUUAAAAUUUUGGGAGGUCAAUAUGCAGAGUUCUAGUUUGAAGUUCUAAUAGUGGUCAAAACCAGAAUUUAUUUUCCUUGUGAAGUUUUAGAAGCAUCAGGUUUAAUCCUUUUAGCAAAUUUGAACAGAAAAAAAUCAGUUAUUUUCCUAAAGAAGUAUUUUUGUAAUAAAAUAAAAGAAACAAUUUCAAGGUCUCCAACAUUUGUUUAUGUGUUUCCAUUUUCAGGUGUUCCACGAUGGGCGGGGUUCAGUGUAAAUGUGUAUUUGAACACGCCUUUUGUAAGAUAUUUUCAAUAAGUAGCUUUGCAAAGUAAACAAAAAAUGUACAUGUGCACAUCUGAAGGUAUACCUCACAAUAUAAUUAGUAGAAAGCAGUGUCUAUAAAAUGCUGAAAUCAUAAAUCUUAUAUUUGUCAGUUUAUAUUGCAUGAGUAUGGUAAAAAGUACAUUUAAACUUCUUUUGCAUUAAUGUUAUUACCGGUAUGUGUGACUAAAACACUAAGAGAUUUUUCUAGCUCAUUUUAACUUUGUUUGUAGAUUUGUGCAAAUGGUUCCUCUUGCUCCCUUUAGGGGCCACAGAUUUGGAAAAAGAAACAGUUUUUAACAACUUCUUCAAAUGAAAUGCUUGAUUGAUCGUUACAAAACUUGGCCUGUAGCAUCUGUGUGUGAGCCACUCUCAAGUUUUUUCAAAUGCUUUCACCUUACCCCAUCUUUUAGACCCACAUAACUGAAAAUAGAGAAAAAAACACUAAAUAACUCAGUCUUCUCAUGAACAAUUUGAUACAUAUUCACCAGACUUAGUCCUUAGCACCAUUGUAUAUACCUCUCUGAAGUUUGAUCAGUUGGUUUUGCUCUGUACUUUUUGCCGAGGAAAAAAAAAUUUUCAGUAUAUGAAUAAACUAUUUCAUGUGUCUAGUAAUUCAAUAUUUGUUUUACUAAUGACAUUAUAGAAUUUCAGACUUUAAGGGAUUUUAUGUAAUUCUAAAAGAUUUUUUACUGGGACUGCUGUGAUUAUUACUUUUUUUUAGGUGAGUUUUUCUGAUCACUCAAUGUCCGUCAUCUGUCGUCUGUCUGUCUGUCAUCUGUCAACAUUUAGCUUGUGUAUGCGAUAAAGGCUGUAUUUUUCAACUGAUCUUCAUGAAAUUUGGUCAGAAUGAUCACCUUGAUGAAAUCUAGACCGAGUUCGAAAAUGGGUCAUCUGGGUUCAAAAACUAGGUCAAAUCAAAGAAACACCUUGUGUAUGCUAUAAAGGCUGUAUUUUUCAAUUAAUCUUCAUGAAUUUUGGUCAGAAUGAUGACCUUGAUAAAAUCUAGGCCGAAUUCGAAAAUGGGUCAUCUGGGGUCAAAAACUAGGUCAAAUCAAAGAAAAACCUUGUGUAUGCGAUAGAGGCUGUAUUUUUCAAUUAAUCUUCAUGAAUUUUGGUCAGAAUGAUUACCUUGAUGAAAUCUAGGCCGAGUUUGGAAAUAGGUCAUCUUGGUCAAAAACUAGGUCACUAGGUCAAAUCAAAGAAAAACCUUGUGUAUGCGAUAGAGGCUGUAUUUUUCAAUUAAACUUCAUGAAUUUUGGUCAGAAUGAUUGCCUUGAUGAAAUCUAGGUCAAGUUUGAAUAUGGGUCAUCUGGGGUCAAAAAGUAGGUCACUAGGUCAAAUCAAAGGAAAAGCUUGUAUAUGCGAUAGAGGCUGUAUUUUUCAAUUGAUUUUCCUGAAAUCAAGUCAAAAUGAUAACCUUAAUAAAAUCUAGGCCAAGUUUGAAAAUGGGUGGUUUGGGGUCAAAAAGUAGGUCACUAGGUCAAAUCAAAGAAAUACCUUGUGUAUGCGAUAGAGGCUGUAUUUAUGUCUCCCACCACAAAGUGGUGUGGGAGACAUAUUGAUUUACUCCAGUCUGUCUGUGUGUGUGUCUGUCAUAAAGCUUGUCCGCACUCUAAGUCAAACAUUUCUCAUCAGCUUUUCACCAAACUUGAACAAAAUGUGUUUGACCAUAAGACCUCAGCCAAGUUCGAUAACUAGCCAAAUUGGUCCAGGCGUCUUGGAGUUAUGGCCCUUGAAUUACCAAAAAUCGGUCUUUUUACUCUUGUCCGCACUCUAAUUCGAAUAUUUCUCAUCCAAUCUUCACCAACCUUAAACAAAAUGUGUUUGACCAUGAGAUCUCGGCCAAGUUCGAUAACUAGCCAAAUCGGUCCAGGCAUUUUGGAGUUACGGCCCUUGAAUUAUCAAAAAAUUGGCCUUUUUACUCAUGUCUGCACUCUUAAUCAAACAUUUCUCAUCCGAUCUUCACCAAACUUGAACAAAAUGUGUUUGACCAUGAGACCUCGGCCAAGUUCGAUAACUAGCCAAAGCUGCCCAGGCAUUUUGGAGUUAUGGCCCUUAAAUUAUCGAAAAAUCGGCCUUUUUACUCUUGUCCGCACUCUAAGUCAAACAUUUCUCAUCCGAUCUUCACCAAACUUGAACAAAAUGUGUUUGACCAUGAGACCUCAGCCAAGUUCGAUAACUAGCCAAAUCGGUCCAGGCAUUUUAGAGGUACGGCCCUUGAAUUACCGAAAAAAUCCGUCUGUUUACUCUUGUCCGCUCUCUAAGUCAAACAUUUCUCAUCCGAUCUUCACCAAACUUGAACAAAAUGUGUGAUAACUAGCCAAAUCCGCCCAGGCACUUUUGAUUUAUGGCCCUUGAAUUACUGAUUGGAUCCACUCAUCCAGACCAUCUAAUUGGAUCCACUCGUCUAAAACAUCUAGAGAAACUAACAUUUUUCAUAGGGGCAGUUGUGGGAGACAUGUGCUUUUCUCAAAAGCAUCUCUAGUUUUCAAUUGAUCUUCAUAAAAUUUGGCCAGAGUGAUUGCAUUAAACGAAAUCUAGGUCAAGUUUGAAUAUGGGUCAUCUGGGGUCAAAAAUUAGGUCACUAGGUGAAAUCAAAGAAAAACUUUGUGUAUGCGAUAGAGGCUAUAUUUUUCAAUUGAUCUUCCUGAAAUUUAGUCAGAAUGAUUGCCUUGAUGAAGUUUAGGUCAAGUUUGAAUAUGGGUCAUCUUGGAUCAAAAAGUAGCUAGGUCAAGUUUGAAUAUGGGUCAUCUUGGAUCAAAAAGUAGGUCACUAGGUCAAAUCAAAGAAAAACAUUGUGUAUGAGAUAGAGGCUGUAUUUUUCAAUUGAUCUUCAUGAACUUUGGUCAGAAUGAUAGCCUUGAUGAAAUCUAAAUUGAGUUUGAUUAUGGGUCAUCUGGGGUCAAAAAGUAGGUCACUAGGUCAAAUCAAAGAAAACCCUUCUGUAUGCGAUAGUGGCUGUAUUUUUCAAUUAGUCUUCAUGAAAUUUGGUCAGAAUGAUGGCCUUGAUGAAAUCUAAGUUGAGUUUGAUUAUGGAUCAUCUGGAAUCAAAAAGUAGGUCACUAGGUCAAAUCAACGAAAAUCCUUCUGUAUGUGAUAGUGGCUGUAUUUUUCAAUUGAUCUUCAUGAAAUUUGGUCAGAAUGAUUGCCUUGAUAAAAUCUAAGUUGAGUUUGAUUAUGGGUCAUCUGGGGUCAAAAAGUAGGUCACUAGGUCAAAUCAAAGAAAACCCUUCUGUAUGAGAUAGAGGCUGUAUUUUUCAAUUAAUCUUCAUGAAAUUUGGUCAGAAUGAUUGCCUUGAUGAAAUCUAGGUCAAGAUUGAAUAUGGGUCAUCUGGGUCAAAAAGUAGGUCACUAGGUCAAAUCAAAGAAAAACCUUGUGUAUGCGAUAGAGGCUGUAUUUUUCAACUGAUCUUCAUGAAAUUUUGUCAGAAUGAUAGCCUUGAUGAAAUCUAGGCCAAGUUCGAAUAUGGGUCAUCUGGGUUUAAAAACUAGGUCACUAGGUCAGAUCAAGGAAAAACUUUGUGUGUGCAUAAGGGGCUACAUUUUACACUGGAUUUUCAUAAAAUUUGGUCAGAAUGAUUGCCUUGAUGAAAUCUAGGUCAAGUUGGAAGAUGGGUAGUCUGGGGUUAAAAACUAGGUCACUAGGUAAAUCAAAGAAAAACCUUAUGUAUGCGAUAGAGGCUGUAUUUUUCAAUUCAUCUUUAUGAAAUUUGGUCAGAAUGUUAGCCUUGAUGAAAUCUAGGUCAAGUUCAUAUAUGGGUCAUCUGGGAUCAAAAACUAGGUCACUAGGACAAAUCAAAGAAAAUACUUACUUAUACUCAAGAUUUUUUGCUUCAAUUUUAAUGAUAAUUGGUCAGAAUAUUUUUUCCCAUGAAAUCACUAGGUCAAACAUGUUUACACUGUUAUGGUGUGUUUCUCAGGUGAGCGACCUAGGGCCAUCUUGGCCCUCUUGUUUUUUAUUUAUUUAUAUAAUGUGUAUCUUGCUUUCUUUCCAUCUGUGAACAAUUAAUAGUUUUGCCAAUAUUAUUUUACUGUUUUUCAUGUAAAGUUUUGAUGGUUUUACUCAUAAUUAGUUGAAACUGCUAUAAAUGUGUUGUGUUAAGAGUUUUUGAAGAAUCUGUCAAAUAAAAUGAUAAAAAGACACAUUCAAUACAUUUCUUUGAUUUUUGAGUCGGCUAAAGGCUGAAAGCCUUUUGACGAGUCCUUGCUAUCCAACGAUUCUCUAAACGGACCGAAUAACAUGUGAAGGGAUGUAGUUCCAUUAGAUUUCUCAAAUUUCAAACAGUUCACUGCAUGAAUAAAUUAAGUUGUGUCAAUUCCCUUUGCUAUGACCAAUAUACGAUGUAAUCUGUCAUAUUUAUGACUUGUAAUUGUGCAAUUCUCGAAUGUAACUCAUUAAGCAUAAAUGUGCAUUUUAAGAAUUGCGCAGGCUUACAGAUCUUGGGUAACAUCCAGCGAAAGACAAAAAAUAGUUCCAGCAGGGCUCCAGAUAAGAUGCGUAUUAGCGUAAAACGUAUAGAAAUAAUGCAAAUACGCAUGUCUAAUAAUUUCUAAGCGUAUAAAAACGUAUAUAAAAUUACAGAAACGCACACAAUGCUUUUUUAAAAACAAAAUCUGAAUCGUCUGGAUGCGUUAGGUAACAUAGCCGAUCAGCCUUAAUUCUCCCACAUUGAACGUAAACACGCAUCGUAUGAUUUCUAUAAACUUUGCGUGGGUUGAAUUUUGCAGUCAGUAAACGGAUAAAUUAUCGGGAGAAGAAGCUCUUACUGGUUUGUUUAGUUACUAUUGAUAUUAAAAAUGAUUUUAAUUCUUAUUUUUCGAGAAAUAAACAAAUCGGCGAAACAUUAAAUUGUAUUUUCUUGUAGUUUUUGAAAUCGAAAGUAGAUCGUCUAUGUUUGGCGAAAAGAAACAACUUUUUUAUGAAAAGAUUUAAAUAAGAGGUAAUUUAACCGUAAACUUCAAUGUCAGAUACUGCCAAUUGCUGCUAAAUGUCUUCGUAUCAUCACAAUUUGUAAAAUAUAUUGUUCAAACUGGAGAAAAGUGUAAUCGUAUCCGGAUAUAAUAUUUUGGGUAAAUAUCGAGCUGUGUUAUGAAAUUUUAAGAAAAAAACUAAAAACAAACUGAAACUGGUAGACUAUACUGUCAGUACAUCAAUCAUUAGCCGACUCAGGCCAUUCAGGCCUUUGAUUAUUUUAUUUCAUUUAAAGUUGAUUCGGAAAAAGAAUCAGAUCAUGACAACUUUAUUCCAUUUUAUUAUUUUUUAUUUCCACGAAAAUGUUUACAGGCUUGUGAAUAGGUUUCAAGACAAGAGAAUUGAACUGGUUAGAUUAAUAGCUAAAGAAAUUGGUCACAUCAGAGAAAAAAAGUAAUCCAUGUUGGAAGAAUGUUUUGUAAAGGUUUCGCGAAUUAUUUACUUCAGGAGUUCUCUUAUUCUAUGAGUCUUUUAGAAGUGACACAGGUUGUCUCUUUCUUUGACUGCUGUUAAAUACUUUCAUAUAUUGAUAUCUUUAUUUUGUUUUGUACUGUUUUGCAUGAUUGUUUGGGAAUAAAUUGUUGGAAGUCA